AUGGUUUACUUCCCUCUCCUCGCUGGUCUCGCAGCCAGUCGUCUCGUCUCCGGAGCCGCCAUUUAUAGCCGCGCCAACCGCCAAGUAACCACCUCUUACGGUACACUCCAAGGUGGUGUUUCAGAACUUAACAGCAAUGUUAAUGUUUACAAGGGUAUUCCAUUCGCGACGCCUCCCACUGACUCAUUGCGAUGGACUGCACCUACCUCGCCUGCCCCCUGGUCCGGCGUCCUCAACGCAACUACCUUCGGCGCCGAUUGUCCCCAAGGUGCUAGCGAGGUUGGAAUUUUUACUUCAGGCAAUACAGCUAUCUCGGAAGAUUGUUUGUAUCUGAAUAUCUGGACGCCUGCCAAUGCCACAGCCACCUCGAAGCUCCCAGUCUAUGUAUGGAUCUACGGAGGAAGAUUUGAGCUUGGGUCUGGAAGUGUGCCAACUUAUGAUGGUACUCACCUCGCAUCCAAGGAUAUCGUGGUUGUGACCUUAAACUAUCGUAUGGGACCAUUUGGGUUCCUUGCUCACCCUGAUCUAUCUGUUGAGUCGGGCCAUAAUGCCUCUGGUAACUACGGUCUCUUGGAUCAGAUCCAAGCUUCAACAUUCCUUCGUUCGGAAAUCGCAGCGUUUGGUGGUGAUCCAGAUCACAUGACUGUUGGUGGUCAAUCUGCUGGAUCUGCUAGUGCUUUGGACAUGAUGUACAGCCCAUUGACCGAUGGAAUGAUUGUGGGAUGUAUCCCCGAGAGUGGUGCCCGAGGUAUUCAUGAUCCUGAGACAUACACUCUAGCUACCAGUCACCGGGACAAGGACGCAGCAGAAGCAGCUGGUGUAGAGUUCCUAUCUACCUUGAACGUUACCACAAUUGCUGAACUGCGCAACCUCAGUAUGGAAACUCUUCUGGAAUACAACUUCAACUCCGAUACCGUUCUCGUUGGUACCGCUUUCGAGAAUGUGAGUGCUUUCAUGGAACCCCCUGCUUGGCGCCCAGUUAUCGAUGGCUAUGUUCUUCCCCAUAAUUACGGACAAUCAUUAUCCUUGAAUGCCCACUCUGAUAUCCCUAUCUUGACCGGAAACAAUGCCGAUGAAUCCGGCUCUAGUCCUUCGCCAGGCCUCACUUUAGACACCUUCACCACCCAGUACACCGAGAUGUUCGGCAACCUUUCUACCCGAUUCUUUGACUUGUAUCCCGCCUCUAACGACAGCAACGCUAACACCUUGAGCAACGAAAUGUACCGCGAUUUAAGUCGUACGUCGACUUGGGACUGGGCUACAGCGUGGUAUGCCGGCGGCGCCAAGAGCAACGUCUACGUCUACUAUUUCACUCACUCCCCACCCAACCAGACCGAAGGCGUCUAUCACGGUGCUGAAUUAUGGUAUGCUUUCGGUAACAUCCCCACCUAUUACAACCUCACCUGGACUGAACAGGAUUACGCUCUCCAAGAACAAAUGUCCGGCUACUGGGCGAACUUCAUCAAGACUGGCAACCCUAGUGGAGGAAAUCUCGCCGAAUUCCCUGCGACUACCUCCGAUGCGAAACAAGCCAUGUGGUUGGGAGAAACCACUGGAGCAUCUUAUCUCACUCCCGGCGAUGACAAGUUCAGCUUCAUGCAGGACUUCUUUGCUCAACAAAUCGAAUUUUAA